AUGACAGCAACGAUCUCACCUGAAUCACUCCCUUUAUCAAUCAUCACCUCUACUCUUACUCAAACAACAUCUACACCAAGUAUCACUGUCGCUCAGCCACAGAGGCCAUUAUCAGCAUUGGUCACUAUUGCGCCACUAUUACCAAAUCCUCUUGAGAGACGACAAAGAUGCUUCAACGACCAAGGCUUCAGUGUCAAUUGCGCAACGUGGACUGGCUACUACUAUACCUGGGGUCCACCUGGUAAUCCUUACGCGGGUGGUCCUGGUGAAGGCGGUGGCGGAUCAGGCGGCUCUGGUGGUGGUGGUGGUGGUGGUGGUGGUGGAGGAACAGUCGUCGUUUACAACAAUGAAGGCUAUCAAAAAUUUGUGAAUUUACCCGCAAUACUUGGGCUUUUAUGCCUGACGCUAGUCCUCUUCAUCUAG